CAAACAGCAGCACGUGUCGCACCUGAAAACGCAGGUUACGAAUACCUUCACAAACCAAAGACGUUGUUCCUCUCCGGACCAGCAGGGGGCGGCGGCUCCCACCGAUCCUGACUGUCAUGGCGGCGCCCAGUCAGAGGCUUAUUUCACGGUGAAACUAACACAGAUGAGCGCUUUACUUCAGGAUGACCUGAUAGAACAAUCACACUUGUGUCAGGACACUGCAGGUAUGAAUGUGAUGUCAUCAAUGAUACGUGGAGCCAGGAGGCUUGUCCAUGCUGACCCAGUUCUGCUCAGCAGGUUCCUGUCUCCGCCCCUCCUCUGUCGUGCUCAAAACCCCACCCUCCUGCUCACCUGUCAACACAACAGAAAGUACGCCUCCAAACAGGUCAAAGGUCAAAAUAAAGAGCAGAGAAACCUGAAGGUCAAACCCAAAGUGGACAAACAGGAAGUGGAAAUCAGACAGAGGAUGACGGUGGCGGAGCUCGCUCAGGCUAUGAACAAAGACUUUGAUCACGUGUUGGAGGCUCUGCUGAACACCCCGGUGGACCUGGACUCUCUGGAUCCGGACUCAGUUCUGGAGGAGAAGUGGAUUAAGAAGGUGGUGACUCAAUCGGGGAUGAAGUUCAGAUGGGCCAAACUGAGCCAGACCAGAGAGAGACCCAACAGAGAUACCCACAGGAGACCUCCGGCUGACCCGUCCAGCCUGGUGCCUCGCCCCCCGGUGGUCACCAUCAUGGGCCAUGUGGACCACGGAAAGACCACCCUGCUGGACAGUCUGAGGAGGAGUCAGAUUGCGUCCACUGAGGCCGGAGGCAUCACUCAGCAUAUCGGCGCCUUUCUCGUCCAGUUGCCUACAGGUGAGAGGAUCACCUUCCUGGACACUCCAGGUCACGCCGCCUUCUCCACCAUGAGAGCCCGUGGUGCCAACGCCACUGACAUCAUCAUCCUGGUGGUGGCGGCUGAUGACGGUGUCAUGAACCAGACGGUCGAGUCCAUCCAGCAUGCCAGGCGGGCCAAAGUUCCGAUGAUCGUGGCGGUGAAUAAGUGCGAUAAGCCUAAGGCUGACCCGCAGAGAGUUAAACAGGAACUCCUUGCUCAUGAUGUCGUCUGUGAGGAGUUUGGAGGAGACGUCCAGGCGAUCCACAUCUCUGCUCUCAAGGGUGACAACCUGUUGGCUCUGGCCGAGGCCACAGUGGCGCUGGCGGAGGUUUUGGAGCUAAAGGCAGAGCUCAGCGGCUCCAUGGAGGGACUGAUCAUCGAGAGCUGGACCGACAAAGGCAAAGGACCGGUCACGACAACCAUCGUCCAGCGGGGGAUGCUGAAGCAAGGGUGCAUCCUGGUGGCGGGGAAGAGCUGGGCUAAAGUCCGCUUCCUGUUCGAUGAGAAUGGGCAGGUGGUAACAGAGGCCGGGCCAAGCUCUGCGGUGCAGGUGGUCGGCUGGAAGGACCUGCCUUCUGCCGGAGAGGUGAUCCUGGAGGUCGAGUCUGAGCGGCGAGCGAGGGAGGUGGUGGACUGGAGGACUUACGAGGAGGAGCAACAGAGGCUGCAGAAGGAGCAGAGCAUCAUCGAGCACAAACAGAAGCUGCACCAGGAAGAGUACAUGAAGGAGAAGGCGGAGCUUACUCACCUGAGCUGGAGGCAGAGGCAGUUGGUUCUGUACCGAGCCAACAAGGCCAAGUUCUUCACGAGGCCCAGCGAGAGAACGCAGAGAGACGGCCCGAGUCUGUCGCUCAUCAUCAAAGGGGACGUGGACGGCUCGGUGGAGGCCAUCUUGAACAUCACGGACAGUUAUGAUGCUCAGCACCAGUGUGAGCUGGAUGUCGUGCACUUCGGCAUCGGGGACAUUUCUGAGAACGACGUCAACAUGGCCGAAACGUUUGCAGGUUCCAUUUACGGCUUCAACGUCGGUGCCAGCAACAAAGUGCAGAAGCUGGCAGCGAAGAGCGGCGUCCCCCUCAGACUCCACACCGUCAUCUACAAGCUGGUGGAACAGCUGAAGGACGAGCUGAGCAGCAAGCUGCCACCGCUGCUGAUGGAGAACGUGGUCGGUGAGGCCACAGUCCUCGCCCUCUUCGACGUCUCUAUGGGGAAGAAGGUGGUUCCUGUGGCUGGCUGUCGAGUUCAGAAUGGUCAGCUGGACCGACGACUCAAGUUCAGACUCAUCCGAGGACAAGACACCGUCUGGGAAGGUUCUCUGGUGGCGCUGAAGCACUUCAAAGACGAUGUGGUGACGGUGAAGACAGGGAUGGACUGUGGUCUCUCAGUUGAUGGUGAUGUCACCUUCAGUCCCGGUGAUGUCAUCAUCUGUUUCGAGGAGCUGGACUCGCCGCAGGUCACUUCCUGGGAUCCCGGCUUCUAACUUCCCAGCUGUGCUGCUCAGAGUCUCGGCCUGGACAGUUGGAUUCCUGGUCUGGCAUCAGGAAGCUCAGACUACCAGGUGUAAAUGUGACGAUUUCACUUUGGGCUUGGACCUGAAACCAUUCUGUCACAGGGUCGCAGGUUUCACCU